AUGAGCGGCCCAUCGGAAGUAGCAGGAUGUUGACUUACAGAAAGAAGCAGUGGUUGCAGGUCACAGGCCCGAACCUUCAAAGUUCAAGGAGUGAAAUGGAUGACUCCACACAAGGGGAGCAGUCACGCCUUUCUUCUUGCCUUAAGAGAAGAGAAGAAAUGAAACUGAAGGAGACUGUCUCCAUCCUCCCCCAGAAGGAAAGCCCCUCUGUCCGACUCUCCAAAGAUGGAAAGCUGCUGGCCGUGACCCUGCUGCUUGCCCUGCUGUCCUGCUGCCUCACGGUGGUGUCUUUCUGCCGGGUGGCCACCCUGCAAGCGGAGCUGGGGAGCCUCCGGGCGGAACUGCAGGAGCACCAAGCUGAGCAGCUGCAGGGCCCUCGCCAGGCGGGAGCGGCGGCCCGGGGGCCAGCUGUGUGGCGGGCGCCAGCUGCCACCUCCGCGCUGAAAGGGAUCUUUGCACCACCAGCUGUAGGAGAAGGCAACUCCAGUCAAAGAAGCAGGAAUAAGCGUGCCGCUCAGGACUCAGAAGAAGCAGUCACCCAAGACUGCUUGCAACUGAUUGCAGACAGUGACACACCUACUAUACGAAAAGGAGCUUACACGUUUGUUCCGUGGCUUCUCAGCUUUAAAAGAGGAAAAGCCCUAGAAGAAAAAGAAAAUAAAAUAUUGGUCAAAGAAACCGGUUACUUUUUUAUAUAUGGUCAGGUUUUAUACACCGAUAACACCUUUGCCAUGGGACAUCUAAUACAGAGGAAAAAGGUCCAUGUCUUUGGGGAUGAACUGAGUCUGGUGACUUUGUUCCGAUGUAUUCAAAAUAUGCCUGAAACACUACCCAAUAAUUCCUGUUAUUCAGCUGGCAUUGCAAAGCUGGAAGAAGGAGAUGAACUCCAACUUGCAAUACCACGUGAAGAUGCUCAAAUUUCCCGGGACGGAGAUGGCACAUUUUUUGGUGCACUGAAACUUCUGUGACCUACUUACACCUUGUUUGUGGCUAUUUUCCUCCCUUUCUCUGUACCUGCAAGGAGAAAACACUUAACUGGAAAGACCGAAAGGAAAAAAACCCAGUAGUUACCAUAGCCUUUUCUGUGAGCUAUUUAUUUUGGUUUGCUGAAACUAGACCAAAACAGGAAAUUUAACCGACAACCACAGCCAAAGGGUGUCAUGUGAAUUACAAGAACUCGAGCCCAUGUAAGGAAAGAUAGAAUUAGAAAGACUUCAUCACAAUGCCAUGUUGAACAACUUAGUCAUAGCUUCUUGUCUUGGAGGAAGCACAGGAUUCAGAGACAGUAAUAAUUUCUUCAAAAACGGUAUCCCAUGAUAUACAAUGGAACCGGUGCCCACAUCUGUAGGGCGUUAGGACAUUUUUAGGAAAUCUCAGGAUUCAUCCUCUAUUUUUAUGUUAAAGAUGUCCCUCUCCUUUUGCAGUUAACCUUGUGAAAAGUAAAAAGAAAAAAAUUUAUAGAACUCUUGCAUUCAGUACAUGACAAAGGAAUUAAAAGUUUAAAUUAAGUAGACAAUUGGACUCAAAAUAGAAUAUACUAUUUAAGUCUUUUUGGUUUAUUUCAGGUUUGCAAUUUUUAUCUCUAAUAUUAUAUAUUUCCUCUUGGAACACUCCCAGACAUUUUUCAUGGGAGGGAAAUAAUUUCUCUCAUGUGUCUAGGCUUAUGUGUAGUUUUUAUAGCUAAUUUCAGUUACUUCAGAAAGUUUUAAUUUAGAGUAAUUCCAAUUCAUGCAUAUAAGCAUGAAUUGAAAAGAUAACUAUGAUUGUUCUUAUAUAAAAAUAUGAUCGCCAUAGAAGUUAAUGAAUACACUUAUAAGAAUGUAAUAUGAUUUCCCUUUACUUCCUACCCUUCUGUUAAACUGCUGCUACUGGAGUUCGCCUUUAAAAAAUACUUGUUCUUAGCUUUACAGAAGUUGAGAUUUGAAGUCCUUGGCAUCCUGAAGUAUGUUAUAUGCCAUGUGCUUGUUAUGAAGAUUAUGGUAUGCCAGGAGACAUUCUCCUGAUUUUCGUUAUAUAGAGAAUCAUAUUUGAGAAUGCUGUUCUUCUUAUCUUUUAUAACAUCAAUUUCCGUUGUUUCGCUUGUCUUUUUUUAAACGUCGUCGGUUUAAAGAGUUUACUUCAUUAAACACUUUACUUCAGCAGUUUGAAUAGUAGAUGGAAAAACAGGCCCCGGUCUACAUUAAUUUUCCCCAGUCUGCAUUAGAAUAUUUUUGAAGAUUAUACUUUUCCAAACAAAGAAAAUAAUUUGUAUUUUGUGUCUAAAAUUAAACUUUGUUUAAAACUCUGGUUUCUAUAAUUUUGGCCUUUUGGUUAAAUAAAAUAUAUUCUGGAAUUUAUUUUGUUUCACAGUAUGAUAGUUGAAAAAGAAGUGAUAAGUGGAGUACGAGCUUAGAUACUCCAAGGAGGUGAGUAAUUUUCCUAGUG